AUGGCUCUAGUGGGCUGGUUGGCUCAGACUUCGGCCAGCACACAAGAGGCAGGAUAUUAUAACUUCUCAAAUAUCCCAUACGCCAAUGCACCCCGAUUCAGUGCACCCACGCCAAUAAAAAGCGUCAAUCGCUCAGUAAAUCUUGGUCAGAAAGCAAGUGUUUGCCCCGCGGCGUUUCCGGCCUGGUAUGGGAUCUCGUCCCUGUACCAGAGCGGCCAGCUCUCGCUGGAUGAGGUGAGCUCAACUUUCGCCAAGUCGCAAUCCGUGACUCCAAAGUCGGGCUCGGAGUCGAUCGGACGAUAUCUCAGCGCUGCUGAUACGACAGUCACGGAGGACUGCUUGGCGUUGGAUGUCGUAGUACCGGAUAAGCUGUGGGGGAAAUCCCGGAAUAACUCGCAUUCUGCUGCCCCCGUGAUCGUUUGGCUUCAUGGCGGCUCAUACGUUCUUGGUCACAAGAACUUUGCCGCAAAUCCCGCAGGACUCAUCGCAAAGGCCCAGGAAGACGGAUCUGACGGCGUCAUCUACGUUGCUCUCAACUACCGCCUCGGGCUUUUCGAGUGGAUGUCUGGACCUGCCUUCACAGAACAAGGCGGUGUUGCAAACUUGGGCUUGCGAGAUCAAAGACUCGCGCUUGAGUGGAUUCAGGAGAACAUUCAUCUCUUUGGCGGGGACCCCGACAACGUCACGGUCCUUGGAGAGUCUGCUGGAGGAGGUUCGAUCCUCCAUCAGCUCACCGCACCUGGUUCUUCGAGCGGCGCCCCUUUCAAACGCGCCAUCUUACAAUCACCCGGUUUCGAGCCGAUGGAAGGCCCGGCAAAGCAGAACUUGCAGUACAAGAGAGUGCUUGAAUGGGCAUCCUACUUCAGCAAUUCCACCGUCAGCAGCCUCGACGACCUCAAGCAGCUUCCCUUUGACGUGCUUUGGAAGGCAAACCAGAUCAUCAUCGCGAAGUCAUACUGGGGUGCUUGGUGCCCCUGGGGACCGGCGGUCGACGGUGACUUUGUGGAAGAUCUCCCAGGUGUUCUUCUCUCGAAUGGGAAAUUCGACAAGUCCGUCGAGAUACUCACCAGCCACAACAGUGACGAUGGCUUCAUUUUUGCAUCACCACUGAUACAGACGGACGAUGAGUAUGUGUCUGGACUUCUACAAAAUCUUCUCCCCGAUGCUUCGGACGAUGUCAUCCACUACAUCAAGACCGAACUCUACCCCGCGGUGUACGAUGGUACUCAUCCCUGGAAGACGCCCCUCGAACGUACAUCCGCUACUAUUGCCGAGGCUUGGUUCAUCUGCAACAAUCAGUUUCUCAACGAGGCUCUGGGAGGGGAGGCGCACAACUAUCUUUUUGACGUGCCACCGGGCUACCACGGGACGGACAUUGCCCACACCUUCUUCAACGGGGAGGCCAGUUCGAAUUUGCUUCCUCUGAAUGCGUCUGCGGCAGCCACACUACAGGCGUACUUGACGACGUUUGCAAAGACUGGCAGUCCAAAUGGCGUGAACCUUCCAUGGAUGCCAGUUUAUGGUCAGAAUGCAAUUUACGUGUCAAUCUACGAUGGACUUCCUGUAUAA